AUGGCCUACAAAGAGGAACAAUCUGUUGAAGGCAAAGUUAUUUCCAUUGACCCAGAAGAAGAUGUCAGCUUUGCUCCAGAGAACCUGAACAUGGUGGGGAAGAUUCUUUCGGACAAAGAAGUUAGCUUCAGCACCUGCAAAGCUGCUAUUAUGGGGAUUUGGGGUCAUCCGCAAGGUGUAGCUAUCUCCGAUGUCGGUAGGAAUAAAGUGCUGAUCAGCUUUAAAGAUGCGCGGAAAGGGAUCCACAUACGUAACGGAGGCCCCUGGAGUAUUCGAGGGAAUCUUCUUAACCUGCAGACAUGGAAUGGACGUGAGUCAAUCUAUGAGGUGGAUCAUAGGUAUAUGGAAUUAUGGAUACAAAUACAUGGACUUCCACUUAAUUAUAUAACAAGAAAAACAGCAGAGAUUAUUGGCAAGAAAAUAGGUGCUGUAAUGGAAACAGAAAAUCCUAGAUUAAACGAUACACUACAGAGAACGUUCUUGAGGGUGAGGGUCACAAUGAAUAUCACUAAACCUCUGCCAACUGGCUUCUGGUUAGCAACACAAAAUCAUCAAACUGUUUGGGUCGACUUCAAGUAUGAGAGGAUCCAAGACAGUUACUGUUUGAAUUGUGGAAUUCUGGGUCAUACUAAGAAGGAAUGUAAGAAUCCAAUGGCAAUGGCUAGCUGGGACCACACGAAACCAAGGUAUGGGCUGGGUUUGGGGGUUAGUCGAGCUAGGGCCAUCUUAGCCAAGGAAACGGAGCAGGAUGACAAAGCAAUGAACAGGGAAUGGUCUGAGGCUAAGCAGGAUUGUGAGGGGGAACGUGUAAGGAUGCAGUGUAUGAAGGAUCAGUCGGAAGCAGAGAGUGGUACGGGCAGGGGAUUAGAAGCAGAGCUUCAGAGGGACCUCAAAGCAAAUUCUGAGCAACAGGCGGGGUUAGAUAGGGAGAGCCAGGGAUCUAGACAGCAUGUUGAAGAUGUCUUACAAAAUGUACUAAUCAAACUUAUGUCUUCACAUGGGAAAGCGUUGAGAAGGGGUGACAAAUCUCCAAAUAUUAAAGCUGACAUUACAAAAGGUAAAGAUAAGCUCCAAGAGGUUGGUGAAGUAAACUCUGCUUUUAUGCCCAAUGCCACACUUUCUAGGGAGCAGCAGGGUUCUAGACCUUGUAAGUUUCAAUCUUUUAAAGAGGGGUGUCAGGAGCAUCUUCAAGUCGGGGAGAACAUGAAGCACCAACCUUUUGGUACCGAAACAAGGCUGAAUGAGGGGCAUUUCAAUGAGCUGAAGCAGAUGGAGGUUUCGUUUGAGUGCCAACAAGUGCAGCAAGGUGCUUCGGAGUAUCCCAAAAAGUUAACAAUCAGGGAAGAAUUGGAGAUGCUUUUUGGCAAGAAAGAACCCCAAAUUUAUCAAUAUGGCGUUAUGGAUUUUAAUAAGCAAUCAGAGAAGGAGACACGAAUUAUAAAGCAUGGCGGAGGUCAGUUGUGGAGCUAUAGGGAAAAACUUAAAAUGAAGAGGACCAUUACUGCAGCUGGUAGAACCAUGAUUCAACGAAUGGAAAAUGGGGAGGAGUAUUAUGUUGAACUAGCUGAGGAAAAGCAAGAUAUGAAAGAGCAGCUUGCUGCUGUGUCGGAGCAGAGGAACGAAAAUCAACAUGUGUUGGAGCUGGCUUUUGACAUGGGGUUGAAUCUGAACGCUAAAAGGAGAAGGGAUACAAGCAGCCUACCAGUCUAUGUAGACAAGAUGGAAGAUGACGAACAACUAAUAAUGGAAAAAUCAGGCGGGCCUUAUCAUGCCCCACCAGCAGCCAUGAUUGUUGUCAGUUGGAACUGUCGUGGGAUGGCGGCCCCUUCGACGGUGUCUGAACUAAGAAAUAUUUGUAAAUCUCUCAGGCCGUCCAUUUUGUUUCUUAUGGAGACUAAAGCUAGCAAUCUUAGUUGUGUUAGGAUUAGGAGAAUGUUGGGCUUUGUUAAUAUGUUUUGUGUGGAAUCCCGGGGGUUGUCCGGGGGGCUGUGUCUUUUUUGGAAAAGUAAUAUAAAUAUUAAUGUCUAUGCUUGGUGUGAUAACUUUAUUAAAGCUCAGAUCAGCACUACUAAUGAUAAAGAUUGGGAUGGAAUUUUUGUUUAUGGCCAUCCUGAUUACAAGAGAAGAAAGGAGUUAUGGAGAGAGUUAACUUAUGCAAAUAAUAAUUUGGAUGUUCCAAUGGCUUUUAUUGGAGACUUUAAUGAUGUAAUUGCACAGCAUGAGAAAGUAGGAUUGCAUCCAAAACCAAGUAGUCAGAUCGAUGCUUUUAGGCGCUUUGUAGAUAGCAAUGCUCUCAUAGACUUGGAGUUGCAAGGGACUAGAUACACAUGGUUUAGUAACCCAAGGAAUGAAUUUGUUACUAAAGAGAGGAUAGAUAGAGUUCUUGCUAAUUGGGAAUGGAGAAGAGCUUUCCAACAUGCCACUCUUUCAGCUUUACCAGCUAUUAGCUCUGAUCAUACGCCUUUAGUUCUCAAUGUUAAACCCAGAGGAGUAAGGUGCAGAUGCUUUAAAUUUGAGGCUUUUUGGGCUGACCAUGCUGAUUGUAGCAAUGUCAUAAGGAGAGGAUGGAACAGUGUUUGUAAUAGUACGGUUGAUCAUUGGACUAAUUUAACUCGAAGGAUGAAUAAUUGUAAGCAGGAUUUGAUCAAAUGGAGUAAGGUUAACUUUAAGAGGGCAGAUGUCGAAAUACAGAAACUAAUGCAUAAUCUUAAACAAGCAGAGGAAGCAGAAUAUUCCGAGAAUCAGCAACAGGAAAUUAAUACAAUGAAAGUGCAGAUUAAUAGAUUAUGGAAACAAGAGGAAAAGUAUUGGGGUCAAAGAUCUAGAGUGAAAUGGCUGAAAUUUGGUGACAAGAAUACUGCUUUUUUCCAUGCCUCUACCAUUCAACGAAGGGACAGGAAUAGGAUUGAGAGAUUGAAGGAUACUAGUGGAGAAUGGGUGUGUGGGGAGAAUGAUAUUCUUAAGCUGGCAGUUCUUCAUUUUCAGAAUCUUUUUAAAGCUUCAGGUAACCUUGCUAUGUCUGAAUGCAUUAACAAAAUUCCUAUUAGAGUGACUGAUGAUAUGAAUCGAGAGCUUAUGGAAGAGGUCUCUGAUCAGGAAAUCAAAGAAGCUACUUUUAGCCUUGGAAGUCUUAAGGCGCCAGGUCCAGAUGGUUUAAACGGUCUGUUUUUUCAAAAGCAUUGGGCGAUUGUUGAGAAGGAGGUUUGUGAAGUUGUCAAGACUUUUUUUCGGGAAGGGAUCCUACCUAAGAGCAUCGGAGAUACUAUUAUAGUCUUGGUUCCUAAGACCAAUUACCCAGAAACUCUCAAUCAGCUUCGACCGAUUAGUUGUUGUAAUUUUAUAUAUAAGAUCAUUUCUAAGCUGUUAGUUAUUAGGCUUAGAAGAUUAAUAGAUACGAUUAUAUCUCCUAUCCAGAGUGCUUUUGUGGGGGGACGCCUCAUUCAGGAUAACAUGGUAAUAGUGCAGGAAAUGUUUCACGCUUUAAAUCAAAAAGGGCAGCAUGCUUCUAGGAACUUAGCCAUUAAGAUUGAUAUGAACAAAGCCUAUGACAGGGUUGAAUGGCCAUUCCUAGAGGCUGCUCUGAAAGCUUUUGGGUUUAGUUCGCAUUGGGUUAAAAUGAUUAUGAGUUGUGUCUCACAGGUCUCUUAUAGAAUUAAGAUCAAUAGUAUUUUGUCAAGUAGUUUUGUGCCUCAGAGGGGACUAAGGCAGGGAGACCCCCUAUCGCCAUACCUGUUUAUCAUAGCAGCUGAAGUUUUUACCAUCCUUAUGAAUAAGGCUCAAGAAGAAGGUAGAAUCUCUGGUGUCAGAAUUGCCCCUACUGCUCCACCCAUUUCUCAUCUCCUUUUUGCGGAUGAUUGUAUUAUUUUCUCGAAGGAUAGUGAGGAGGAGAUUUAUCAACUCAUUACUAUUUUAAAUAUGUAUACGGAAGCCUCGGGGCAGCGAAUAAAUGUUGACAAGUCUGGGAUUACGUUCGGCAACCAGAUACCGAUCAGAAAUAGAGUAGAAAUAGAGGAGAUCUUAGGGUUGCCUGCCUGGGAUAAACCAGGUAAGUAUCUUGGUCUUCCGGCUCAGUGGGGCAGAUCUAAGAAUAAAGCUCUGAGCUGGAUUGAAGAGCGAGUGUUUGAUAAGCUUCGAGGUUGGAAAGAAAAACUCCUUAGUCAGUCUGGGCAGGAGGUUCUCAUCAAAUCGGUUAUUCAAGCGAUACCUGCCUAUGCUAUGAACGUUGUUCUCUUUCCUAAAGGUUUUUGUCGUCGUCUUAGUCAGAAAGUGGCUAAGUUUUGGUGGUCCUCCACUGGUAAGGAUAGGGGUAUCUAUUGGAAGAGUUGGGAUAAAAUCUGUGCUAGCAAAAGGGAUGGAGGAAUUGGUUUUAAGGAUUUCUAUAGUCAAAAUAUAGCACACUUGGCAAAACAGGCAUGGAGAAUUUUUGAAUGCCCUAAUGCGGUGUGGGUUCAGGUGCUUAAGGCUGUGUAUUUUCCGAAUGAGGGUUUUAAGGGAACCAAGGCAAGAAGGGGGGCUUCUUGGAUCUGGAAAAGUAUUGUAUAUGGUAAGGAUUUCCUUUUGAGGAAUGGGAGAUGGUCGAUUGGGAAUGGAGAGAAAGUGAGAAUCCUGGAGGAUAACUGGAUUUUGAACAUUCAGAGGAGUCCUCAGGUUACGAAUCAUGACGUCACUUUUGUAAAGGAGCUAAUUACUCAGGGACAGGGGUGGAAUAUGAACGAGUUGAGAAAACGUUUUGAUGGAGAUACCAUAGGGAAGAUCAUUAGAACCCCGGAACCCGAGUCCACUGAGCAUGCGUUGCUGCUUUGCCCUUGGACAAGGGCUGCGUGGUUUGGAGCUCAAAUUCAGUGCUGUCCUACGCCUCAUACAGUCUCAUCUUUUGGAAAAUGGAUAAUGGAGCUUUUUAAAAAUAUGAAGGAGUGUACAGGAACUGAUUAUGAACUGUGUAUCAGCAGAGUUGGUUUUUUGGCUUGGGAGGUGUGGAAAGAAAGAAAUCAAGCAGUACAUCAGAGGUCUAAACCUAGUCCUUCAUUGGUAAUCUACAGGGCUAAACAGAUGGAAACAGAUUUUGCAGAAAUGGCAGAAGAACCAGCUAUUUGUUCCGUUAUUGAUAGAAAGACAGUUAGAAAGGUUACCUGGAGACCGCCUCCGCCAGGAUGGGUUAAGUGUAAUGUUGAUGCAGCGUUCUUUGAAGUGCUUCAUGGAGGUGCAACAGCAGCUGUUUUCAGAGACCACGUUGGUAACCUUCUCACAGCCUCUAACUCUAAAAUAGCGGCUACCUCGCCUUUAGCUGCGGAAGCAUUAGCAGUUAGGGAAGGUCUAAUAAUAGCAAAGAACUUUCAACUGGAAAGAGUUAUCUUUGAAUCUGACAGUUUAAUUCUCAUCCAAGCUCUAAAAUCAAAGGCAACAAUUGCAGAGUUUCAAGUUAUUUUGGAUGAUAUUUUGGAUUUAGCACGAAAUAUUUCAAAUUGUGGGUUUACCUGGGCUCCUAGAGAAGGGAAUGCCUUAGCGCAUGAAGUAGCCAAGCUUACAGCCAACGGUUCUCUGCAUCAGAAUUGGCUCAGGUGCAAGCCACAAAUCAUCACGUCCAUUUUGCAAAAAGAGAAGUACACGUCACUGCAAUUGACAAACAGAUCAUGA